UUAAGUGAUGGUGACAGCAGGACGAGGCGCGCGCCUGAACUGCGCUGCCAUGAUUGGCUGAGUCUGGUCCAAUCAGCGGCUGCCGCUGAACCCUUCCGUACAUCCACAGGCUCGGAGCGUUUAGCGCACACAUAGCGGAACACGGACUAGUUCAAACCAUUUGUUGGUGUUUUUUGGCUCCCCAUUGAGCCUCGAUCCCUCUGGAGCGGUUGACAUCAUUGUACCUGAGGAUCUGUUGACCCCUUAUCCCCAGAUGUAGAGGGACUUAUCGUCAUAUCUGUGAACACAACUCUUGUGCGGUCCAGUGAAGUUGCCCACCAUGCGUGAAUACAAGCUGGUUGUGCUGGGAUCAGGAGGCGUGGGAAAAUCUGCACUGACUGUCCAAUUUGUGCAAGGCAUCUUUGUGGAGAAGUAUGACCCCACAAUAGAAGAUUCCUACAGAAAGCAAGUGGAGAUUGAUGGGCAGCAGUGCAUGCUUGAAAUCCUGGACACAGCCGGAACAGAACAGUUCACGGCUAUGAGGGACCUGUACAUGAAAAACGGACAAGGCUUUGCUCUGGUGUACUCCAUUACAGCACAGUCGACGUUUAACGACCUACAGGACCUCCGGGAGCAGAUCCUGCGAGUAAAGGACACCGAGGACGUUCCCAUGAUCCUGGUGGGGAACAAGUGUGAUCUGGAAGAUGAGCGCGUGGUUGGAAAGGAGCAGGGGCAGAAUCUGUCCCGCCAGUGGAACGGCUGUGCCUUUUUAGAGACUUCGGCUAAAUCAAAGAUCAACGUUAAUGAGAUUUUCUAUGAUUUGGUGCGACAGAUCAACAAAAAAUCUCCGCUCGAAAGGAAGCCGAAAAAGAAGUCUGGCUGCACGCUGCUCUAAGACUGCCACCCACAGUCGCUCCAGGCAGAAACAUGUGAUGAUUUACUGUUUCCCCGUGGAUGGUGCCAGCAUUCCAAGUCCUCGCCAGAGCGUUUUGAAACAGGCCGACGGAAACUUCACCACUCGCAAGACACGGCACAUACUCUUUAAGAACCUCUCUGCUUUUUAAUGACAAAGAAAUUUGUACAGUCGGCUCGGUGACAACAGUUUCAUUUCUGUUCUUUACUUUUGUUGUUCUUAUCCAAGGUGUCUUUCUUCUGGAAACUGUCUUAUGUGAAAGCAUAGACUGGAUUUCAAUCCAUGUAUGGGAACUCAAAUGUUUUAUUCAAAGUAAUAUCAGUCUUUGACAUAUUGUGACGAUAUGUUUUUGAAAAGUGAAAAUCUCGGUCUUCUUGUACAUUUCUGCACUAACGAAGACGUGUCAUUGUCAAUACUUUACUGGUUCCUCCUUACAAGGAUGUGCAUUGGUAACAUCUUUCCUAAGUGACUUUGUUUUAUAAUGACAGCUGCAAGCCUUCCAUAUUUCCCCAUAAUAUAUUGUUCUUCCAUUUUUGCAUAAUAAAGUUAAGUAAAUUUGUAUUUUAUAGACCGAUGGGGGCAAAGGGUGUUCUGAUUUGUCUUGAGGCUGAAAUGAUAAAUUGUACUAAACCACCUCUAAUAUUGCUUCUUGUUGCUGUGUCACAGAUUUUUCCAGCUUUUAUGAAUGAUUAAAUUUUAGUACAUUUUCAUUA